GCUUGAUUCAAACGGUCAAAACAGGUGUGUCAACUUAAGCGUCUGCAGAAGUCCCACAAUUCUCUUGCCUCCAACAGCCUCCAACUCGCGAGAAGGUCAUUGAGCCCAAAUUCAAAUACAUCUAAACGCAGCUUGCAGCUCUACAAAUUCCAACUAAACAAAGUCAGAGUUAGUCAGUAGCGUAUUCUAACCAGCUGGUUGCCAGCCGCGUUGUCAUCAAACUGCCCCGUGCCACAAAAUGACAGCCAGUAGUUCAGUCGUCGCAGAAAGGGAUGAAACCGGACGUAUAUUCUACACCACCAUUGGACAUAGUACCGAUAUCCCAGCCAAGAAGACCGCACGUACCACCGAUACUUCCCGAGAUCGACUUCUCAAUGAAAAACCCUUGCAAGCUCUAGGACGUAGCAUCUCAGCGAUAUUCCUCCCAGCUGGAUAUCCAAACACUGUCACGCCUGAUUACCUGCACUAUCAAAUGUACAAUGACGUGCAGGAAUUUUGCAGUUCUUUGUCAGGUUUACUGGCUUCCAGAGGCGCGCUCGAAGGUUUUGGAGUGGGCAAUGCAUCAGCAUCAGCAACUCAGGCGCUCCUUUUAUCAGUCCUGAAAGAUGUUUGUUCGCGGUUCACCACCAUAAUAGGCGCCUAUUACUUUGGUACCUCGCUAUACCCCGAAACCAAAACAUUCCGCUUUCUCGCAGACGUCAUCAAUGACACCUCUAUCGUUUUAGACACUAUAUCCCCAUAUUUCACCAGCAUAUCCCUAUCCCCACAUCUCCAUAUAUCCCUUCAGGCUCGACUCUCCAAAUCGCAGCGUUGUGUAUGAGCGGAGCUAUGAGAUCUCUCUGCAGUCUCGUAGCAGGGGAUCAAAAGCAGCACUCACAGACCACUUCGCUUCACCCGUGAAUGGCAAAGGUGACGUAGGCGAAUU